AUGCAGAUGGAGACCCGACUCCUUCCCAUUCGCGCCCUGUACACGAUCAACGGCACCCCCCAGUACAUCCUCGCCAGAUCUCUCUCAAAAACAUUCGUCGAAAUCAUCCCUUCCCAUCUCCUCUCUUCCGCCCCUUCCCUCAACGUCGUGUAUGGCAAGACCGCUCUUCGUCCCUGCCUCGAUGCCAUAUGCCGCUCCAGCCCAGAGCUUGUCCCAGACCGCUCCCGCGACUUUUCCGUAUAUGUUCUUGACCCUCUCGAGUCAUCUAAUGUUCCCCCCUCUUCCCCACCUCAUCACCAGUCUGGCGGUGUGGCCAUCGGCCUCGGCCUCAUGUCCUGGACUCUCCAGGGCAACGACUCUGACGUGACGGUCACAGGCACUCUCAUUGGUGACGGGAUACGUGAAGAGGCCCUCGAAGUCAUAUUCGCUCUGCGUGAGACCACUCAUGCACCGAAACCCAAACAUAUCACAUGGUCCAACAUCAUCAGCCCCAAGUCUAAGCCACAGCCCAGCCGCAAAUCUGAGCCACGGUCUUCCCAGAAGUCAGAGGCGCAGCCUUCACUAUUUACCACAGCUCCUCUCAACCGGCCCGCCUUCAGCAGGUUAACAUCCGCUACAUCCUCCAGCUCGCUUCCAGCCGCGACCAACGCGCUCCAGGUCUCUGCCGUCGAAAGUGCGUCAACCGUCGCCGCCGCCGUCUCGCCAAUGUCCGCUGUGCCCGAUGCACCGACACCUCCGGACGCUCCCUUCCCGGCUCAGGCCCUGCAUGCGCUUUUCGCUGCCCUCGCCAGCCCGCACACAAACCCGGCACUCCUCGCCGCACUUUCCACCAUAGACGCCUCGGUAAACCCUCAGGACCCUUCCAUGUCUACCUCGUCGCAACCGAACCCCACACUUAUUGAGGCUCUUAGCAGACUCCUCUCGUCGACAUCAUCAAUUGCUCCCUCGGCCACGAGCACAUAUCCGCCUCAUUCAACUCCCUCAAGCACCCCCGCAAAGCUAUCCGAAGACGACGAUGUAAUCGUACUCGACAAGGAGAAUGUCGACCCGACCGCCUUCCGCCGCAAACGAGCGCUCACGCUCACCGACAAACAACCCCCACCCGGCCCCAUUCCUGCGCUCAGCUCUCCGUUGGCCCAUUACACACAUCACACCAGCAUCAACGGUGUCACAAACGUCCCCUUCAUCUCAGCCUCGCUACCGAUGCGCGCCCCGGGCGUCCCGUCUGGGCAGCGCAACCUGAAGCGCACGCUCAGCGAGGUCAUGGACGAGCGCGAGCGAGCCCGCGAAUCAGAGCAGCGCAAGCGUGUGCUGAGCAGCUGCGGCGGCGGGAACGGCGUCGUGCCUCCAGCAGUGUACUCGUCACCGGGAGAGCCUCUCUUAGCAGCGUACGGGCACGGCGCGAACGAGACGCACGCGAUGUCAGAUCCUGGAGUUGAGUUCAGCGCUGCUGCAUCGACGUUUACGUCGACCUCAUUACCUGCCUCGGAAUCGCGCUCGUCAAGUAGAUUCAAGCGGUCGCGCACGGAGACCGGCCCCUUGACCUCCCCCUCACGCUUGAUCAAGCGCUCUGCAACGGAUAACGCUGUGCCCCCGGCCCCACGCAAGCCGUACGUCGUCCCGGAGUGGGCGCGCACAACGACCGCGACGCGGCCACGGUUGGCCAGCGGUGCACUAGCAGACGAGAGCGUACGGCGGGAGGAAUCGACCAAGAGCCGAGCCAAGGGGAAGCGGAGGGCGAAGAAGGAGAGCCCCAAAGACAAGACUCCGGCGAAAGGGAAGGCGAAGGCGAAGACAGCAUCGGGCUCUUCGCCAGAUGGGGGCGCGCGGCAGAGACAUUCGGCGAGAAACAGUGAAGCGGCUUCGACGUCUGCGAGUACUCCGGCCGGCCGGGGGGCGGCCGCGAGAUCGGAGAGCAGCAAGGCGCAGAGCCAAGGGCCUCCUCCCCUCCCCGUCGUCGCCAUCGCGGACACCACGAUAUUCUCGCUCUUCACGGCACGACAGUCUGGACGGUCCACACUGUCCUCUCCAUCCUCCUCGACGCCCCUCCAUUCUCAUUUGGCCUUUCCCUCCCAGGCCUCCACGUCCACAACCGCGGCACCCGAGCCGCCAUCCACGCCGCGGCGCGUGAAACUAACGGGGACGGGUACGCCCUCCACCCCAGACGCGGACGAUAGGGAGAUGUUUGGCUCAUCGCUCUUUACACCCGAGCCCCCGCGCACACCCGCGAGACGGCGCUCAGGGACGACGCUGUUUUCGCCGCUCCGCCGGUGGCCGCAGACCCGGAGUAACGACGCGGAAGUGCAGGAGGAUCGGGACGCGCUGCCAGACCGCUCUGACAGGGAUGAUGAUCUCGACCUCCCCUCGAGCUCACUACCUGUUGCGAGCAGCGACGCGGACGUUGACCCUUGGCCGUCGGAUGAGGACCAUGACGGAGUGAAAGAUGAGACGGUGAUGCAUGCGAGGCCACGAAGGUGGACGGGCCUACCCCCAUCUUCACCACUGCCACCUUCUAGCCCAAUCCUUUCGCCGGAAGAUGACUGGAGGCUGGAGGAGGAGAACGAACUCGCCGCAGACCCCGAGGCAGAUGUGGACGCUGAGGCUGAGGGACCUACGGAGCAGCAUUCGCAAGCGCAACUGUCGCAGUACGCAGAAUUAACAUCACUGGACGAAACGCCGCAGUCUGAAGCACACGGGGACCCUACGUCACUCUUUACCUUCCCUUCUUCAACCGCAGAUCCUUUUUCGGACACAUCCCUCGGCCUUGAUUCCUUCUCUCUGUCGAGUACCGCCCAUGCACCUUUCUGCGACCCGGCGUUCGACUUCCCGGACAUAUUCUCAGAUGCACUCGACCCGCCGUCAUCAGCGUCAGCAGGGACCUCCACGUCCCAGCCCGCGGUAACGUCAGAACUGGACGCACUCUUCGCGGAUCCGGGGAUGCACAAUGGCCUUGUCGAUAUGGACUUUGGUGAGUUUUGGGAGAGCGUACGCCCGCUGAUGGACGCGGGACCCGGCGUGUCCCAGAUGCACGCAGGUACGACUGACACUACGGACACGCUCGGUGUGGAUGCACUUUCUGGAAGCAGCGGUGCUGCUGGUGAUGGGCUGCUUACGCCUCAAGACCAGUUUGAAGUGGGGGCCGAUCCUGCACGGCUGGCAGAAGAUAUGCAGUCGCUGUUUAGUGGUUGUUUGGUGUAG